AUGUCCAAGCCGCAACAGCUUUCUCCUUUGCCAAGAUGGGCUCCUGGGGGACUUGGAUAUCUAUUUCAAUUUUCUCUCUCUAUCUGUUCUCUCUCUCUCUCUCACUCUCUCUCUCUCUCUCUCUCUACUCUCAAUCUCUCUUUCUUCCCACCUCCUCUCUCUGUCUAUCACCUGUCUCUGUCUGUCUGUCUCUCUCUUUCCCAGUUUUCAUAUUGUCUCUUCUUUCUCGCUCUUGUUUUUCUUUUUCUCUACCUAUCGCUAUUUGACGAUCUGUCUUUCUCAUUGAAACUUUUUUCUGACACUCUUCAAACUAUCUUUCUUCUUUCUCCCGUCUUCUCUCUGUCUGUCUAUUUCCCAGUUUUCUCUCUCUCUCUCUCUCUCUCUCUCGCUCUAUUUUCUUUUACUAUCUCUAUUGUAAUUUGUCUCUCUGUUUAUCUGUCUCUCUUAUUGAAACUCUUCUCUUACACUCUUUGUCUCUGUUUCUUCUCUCUCCCCUUCUCUCCCUGUCAGUCUGUCUCUUUCCCAGUUUUCCUCUAUCUCAUUCCUUCCUCUCUCUUUAUCUCUCUUUCUUUUUCUAGCUCUGUUGUUAUUUGUCUCUCUGUCUAUCUGUCUCUCUCAUUGAAACUCUUCUCUGACACUCUCCUUCUCUGUUUCUUCUCUCCCCAUUCUUUUUCCAUCUUUCUGGUUGUCCCUCUCUCUAAUUCUCUCUUUCUUCCUCAGACUAUUCUCUCUCUCUCUCUCUCUGUCUCUCUCUAUCUUCUAUCACUCUGUUAUUUCUUUCUGUUGCCCUGUUUAUUUUUCUUAUCUCUCUCUUUCUUUCUAUGUGUCUCGUCUCUCUGCCUCCUUCCUCCUCUCUCUCUCUCUUUCUCUCAUCCUAUUUUUCUUUCUCUUAUCUCUCUCUCUCUCUCUCUCUCUGCCUUUCAAGCUUCUCUCUCUCUCUUUUUUUUCUCUCUUUUUCUCCUUAUCACUCUCUGUCUGUCUUUCUCUAUCCCUCUCGUUGUUCUACUUUUAUUCAGUUUCUUUCCUUUAUAUCCUCGCUUUUCUCUCAAAGGGGAAGAAUCUAUAAUUAUUUUAACUAUGAAACAAACUCUACCCCCUCAAACUAUCUAUCUAUCUAUCUUUCUCAGUCUGUUCAAUAUCUAUCUAUCUAUCUAUCUAUCUAUCUAUCUAUCUAUCUAUCUAUCUAUCUAUCUAUCUUUCUCAGUCUGUUCAAUAUCUAUCUAUCUAUCUAUCUAUCUAUCUAUCUAUCUAUCUAUCUAUCUAUCUAUCUUUCUCAGUCUGUUCAAUAUCUAUCUAUCUAUCUAUCUAUCUAUCUAUCUAUCUAUCUAUCUAUCUCAGUCUGUUCAAUAUCUAUCUAUCUAUCUAUCUAUCUAUCUAUCUAUCUAUCUAUCUCAGUCUGUUCAAUAUCUAUCUAUCUAUCUAUCUAUCUAUCUAUCUAUCUAUCUAUCUCAGUCUGUUCAAUAUCUAUCUAUCUAUCUAUCUAUCUAUCUCAGUCUGUUCAAUAUCUAUCUAUCUAUCUAUCUAUCUAUCUAUCUCAGUCUGUUCAAUAUCUAUCUAUCUAUCUAUCUUUCUCAGUCUGUUCAAUAUCUAUCUAUCUAUCUAUCUAUCUAUCUAUCUAUCUAUCUAUCUAUCUAUCUCAGUCUGUUCAAUAUCUAUCUAUCUAUCUAUCUAUCUAUCUAUCUCAGUCUGUUCAAUAUCUAUCUAUCUAUCUAUCUAUCUAUCUAUCUAUCUCAGUCUGUUCAAUAUCUAUCUAUCUAUCUAUCUAUCUAUCUAUCUAUCUAUCUAUCUAUCUCAGUCUGUUCAAUAUCUAUCUAUCUAUCUAUCUAUCUAUCUAUCUAUCUAUCUAUCUAUCUAUCUCUAUCUAUCUCAGUCUGUUCAAUAUUCAUCUCUAUCUAUCUAUCUAUCUAUCUAUCUCUAUCUAUCUCUAUCUCAGUCUGUUCAAUAUCUAUCUAUCUAUCUAUCUAUCUAUCUAUCUAUCUAUCUUCGAACCUUACACCUGAUAAAAUCUAUACACCUGAUGAUCACGGAUUUCACAAGCGUAUUCGAGUAACAGAAGUGAAAAUCAAGAUCUCCGUGGAUGGUUGCUGUUUGUUUAAUUGA